AAGCCCGUUGUGGUGCAUAACUAUAGAGUCUCUCCGCGCGUGGAGCCCACCGGAUCGCUGGAGCAGUAACUCGGUUAUUGGUUUUACACAUUACAUCACCACUUUUUUACGCACAGGGGAAAAUGGUUCCAAUCGCAAAGGUGCUCCUCGGGGUUUUUGCUGUAGCAAUCGUGGUCGUUUUGAUAGCGGUACCCACCGCUAUAUUUCUGAAUGAGGACAAGGGUGGGAACCAAAACCAGAGGUUCUUCUCACUAGAGGACGUCUUCAACACCUCACUGAGACCAACGUCCUACAGUAUGAGCUGGAUCUCAGAUCAUGAAUAUCUUCAUAAGUCUGAAGGCUCGGUCUACCUCCACAGUGUGGUCACUGGAGCGAGCACAGAGUUCCUGAGCAAAGACACGUUUAAUGAAAAAAACGCUUAUGACUACCAGCUGUCAGCUGACCGCAGAUAUGUUGCUUUCAUGAGCAACUAUUCCAAGUUGUGGAGGCAUUCUUUCACGGCUUCAUAUUCACUCUAUGACCUGGAAUCAAAGAAAUUUAUCACUCCCUCAAACAUUCCUGAUGAAGUCCAGUACUUCGCUUGGGCUCCUGAAGGGAACAAACUGGCCUUUGUUUGGAAAAAUAACGUGUACAUAAAGACCAGUCCUCAGUCCCCGCGACAGCAAAUCACAUUCACUGGUGUGGAGAAUCUGAUUUUUAAUGGGGUCCCAGACUGGGUGUAUGAAGAGGAGAUGUUUUCAUCCCCCCAGGCUCUCUGGUGGUCACCAGGAGGGAAGUAUGUGGCUUAUGCAGAAUUCAACGACACAGAAGUUCACGUUAUAGAGUACACCUGGUUCGGUGAGAACCAGUACCCCAGCACUGUUUCUAUACCAUAUCCAAAGCCAGGCACUCCAAACGCUGUUGUGAAAGUGUUUGUUGUAGACACUGACAACCCAACAAAAAUCACUGAGGUUGUUGUUCCAGCUGAAUUCAGAUCAAGUGAUCACUACUUGGCUUCUGUAACUUGGAUGACAGAUAACCGCAUCGCUGUCCAAUGGCUGAAGAGAGUACAAAACCACCUCAUCCUUCAGGUCUACAACUUUAGUGGAUCUGGUUGGGAUCCAGCUGAGGAUUUGGAGGUGAUCAGUACCUCAGGCUGGAUUGGACGGUUCUCUCCACCGAAACCUGUUAUUGCUGCAGACAAAAACAGCUUCUACCUCCUGAUGAGUGACAGCAAAGGGUACAUGCACAUUCAUCAUGUAGUUGGGACAACAGUUACACAGAUCACCAGUGGAGAAUGGGAAGUGAUUGACAUCAUAAAAGUCACCGCAGACAAAUUAUACUACAGAAGUAACGAAAAAGAUGGCAAGCCAGGAGGAAGGAAUGUUUAUGAGUGGACAAGCAGUGGACACUUGGGGCUUAAACAAGUCCCCAAGUGUCUGACUUGUGAAUUACACGGAGAGAAAUGUCAAUAUAACUCAGCUUACUUCAGCCACAAUGCCUCCUACUACCGCAUGAGCUGCAGUGGUCCGGGCAUCCCUUACCACUCUCUAAUGGAUACUCAGAAAAACACAGAGCUGAAAGCUCUGGAGAACAACAGUGCAUUUAGCGGCCUGAUAUCGGACAUCCAAAUGCCCACCAUGCUCCGUGACAAAAUCAGAGUGGCUGGAUACGAUCUCUGGUUCCAGAUGGUUUUACCUCCAGGCUUUGAUGAAUCUAAGAAAUACCCUUUACUGAUAGAUGUGUACGCAGGGCCCUGCAGUCAGACAGUAGACUAUACCUACAGUGUGAGCUGGUCCACUUACCUGGCCAGCACUGAGAAUAUCAUCGUGGCCAGCUUUGAUGGAAGAGGAAGUGGUUACCAGGGUAACAAGUUAAUGCAUGAAAUCUACCGACGCCUGGGAACCUAUGAGGUGGAAGAUCAGAUAGUAGCAGCCAGGGAAUUCAUCAAACGAGGCUUCAUUGACAAAGACAGAGUUGCUAUUUGGGGCUGGUCUUAUGGUGGAUAUGUCACGUCAAUGGCUUUGGGAUCUGGCAGUGGAGUUUUCAAAUGUGGAAUGGCGGUGGCUCCGGUUUCCAAAUGGAAAUACUAUGACUCAAUCUACACAGAGCGUUACAUGCUGGAACCUUCACAGAACGCUGAUGCCUACAAUAACUCAACAGUAACCGCAAGGGCAAAGAAUUUUCAUUCCGUGCAGUAUCUUCUGGUGCAUGGAACAGCUGAUGACAACGUUCAUUUCCAGCAGGCAGCUGAGAUCUCAGAAGCUCUUGUGGAGGAGCAGGUGGAUUUUGAAGCAAUGUGGUACACGGACAAGGAUCACGGGCUUGGUGGCUUAGCCUAUCAACACGUCUUCACCCACAUGACUCACUUCCUGCAGCGGUGCUUUGCAUGACUCCCCCAUCUUUUCUUUUCUUUUAAAUCUCAUGUGAAUAAAAAAACAAAACAGUUUUGUGAUAACAAUUUACCUGUUGAUUUAGGCUUUAUUAUUACUGUUCAAAAUGCCAAGGAAAAACAUUGUUCUUGAAAAUGGACAAAGUUGUUCAAGUCUUAAUGUGAAAAUCUGUGAAAAUGUGUCUUGCUUCUAUACACUCAAGAAAACUGUAUUGUAUUGAACUGAAUGAUCCACUUAAACAUAAUGCACUCGUUUGUUUUAUACAGUUUUACUCAAUUUGUGAAGUUGUUAAAUGUUUGAUGUAAAAAGAAUUAAUAAACUUUUAAACAACA